UGGAGUUUGAUGGUCGGCUAUUUCCGAAGGUAAUUCAGAUAACAGGACAGAACAGCGAGAUAAUGAAUUCCACCAACGACAGUUUACCGAGGCCCGGUGCAAACUCAUUCCCAGUGCCCCUCUCCGUGACGCUAUUCAGCUUGGGAACAAUCGUCACUAUAGAGAACUGCAUAGUCAUGAUUGCUUGCAUAAGGAAUCUAAAACUCCGAAAGAACAUUCACCACAACCUAGUACUCGCCCUCUCCAUUGGAGACCUAUUUCUUGGCGUUGGGGCCAUUUGUACGGGGUUCCGUCUGACUAUACCUGUAUUAUCCGGGGUCCUCCCGCUCUGCAUAGGGAACGUUUUCCUGCAGGUCACAGGCGUGGCCAUGUCUCAUUUCCAGACAUUUUACAUCAGCUUCAACCGUUUUCUCGUCAUUACUGAGAGCCGUCUCAAUACGAUGAUGUUCGACGGAUACCGCAAGUACAUAGUAUACGCCAUCAGCUGGACAACUGUCAUGUCCUUUAAUGCGUCCAUUAUGGCACCGCUAGUUUCCUCAAAGAAACGGGUCUGCAAUGUGAAGACUGUGUAUGGGAACAACUAUGACAUAUUCCGACCCACAUUUCUCUCUUUCAACGCCGUCCUCUUAACUCUCACAAUCGUUUUCUACGUGCUGACUCUUUGGGGAAUCCGCCACCGCUACAGGAAGACUGCCCCUAAAUCCACUGUGACCGUGGAGUCCUCCCAGGACCAAUCCUCCAGCAACUACACAAGUAGUGGGAGCCAAAUAGAGAAAAUCAAAGCCAGGAGAUUCCUGAACUCCAUGAAACUCGUCAGCAUCAUCAUCAUUGCGUUAAUGGUCUUCUCUGGACCCAUUGUUUUCAUAAACUUGUCUCAAGAACGGUCCCAUAUUGUCAUCAUUAUGACGCUGUGCGCGGCGACCGUAAACUCCCUCAUCAACCCCAUCAUAUAUGGCCUGCAGAUUGAAGACUUAAAAAAUGAGAUCAAGAAGAUGUUUAAAUGCAAGUAGUACGGCUAUAUUCGAAUAUAAAGUUUCCGUGAGAUUUUUUUUAGGUGAAACUCAUCGAAACAAGAACACCAAAUCUGCAAAAAUUUUGCUCCAAGUUUCAACAUUUAAAUGCCAAGAAUGCCAUUUUUUUUAAAAAUACACACUUUGUAAAAGUUUUAUUACACAAUUUAGAAUUACGAAUUUUGAAAAAUGCAAGAUAACUCGAAACAACUCUUGCUAAAGGUUGGUUUGUAAAUCGCAAGCCUGACGAGUUCUGCUUAGAUGUUCAAAUCAUGAACGAUUACACGGGUUGUAUUAUGAGUGUAUUGUAAAAUUUAAUAUUGUCAUCAUGUCAGUAUUAUGAAAAAAAAAGAAAAUCAAAAUAAAUGUAUUCUGUUUUUGUUGUAG